AUGGCGGGGCCUACUGGCGGAGGAGCCAUAAACCAAAAUGCAUCAAAGAUUAACAAAUCUACGGCCUUGGCAGCGCUUGGAGACAAUGAAGUAGACCAUGUCCAGGCCCAGCAAGAACAGACUGGAAUGGCUGAGGAUAUCCGCUCGCUUGCAAGCGGCGGUUGUGCCGAUGGCGUUGGCAAAUCCCACAUUGAAAGGGCCAUGGACAGUGAUGAAAGUUUGCUGCGAGACAAAGCAUCCGAGAAAACCGCAGAGGAGAGAUCUGUGUGGCGACCCCAGUCUCCAGGCAUGUUGACAGCAGCCAUGCGAGCUCCCUGGAAUAUGGACUUGGUGAAAGCGUCACGACUAUCCAAAGCGCAAUGGCUCCAGGCUCACGAAGCGAUCCUCCUUCAAUGUGGCUUUCUCGUCUGUCUCGAUGGCCAUGCCAACGAACCCCGAGAUGCUUUUCAUCCUAUCACACCCAAAGGUGGUGCGAGCACAAUUCCUCCAGAGUUCACCGGGGUCCGAGAGCUUCACGAAUACCUGACAAAACAAUCCAUGCCCUUGGCUGUUCGAAAACUCUGCCAGAAAGCCUCACCUAGCUUAUAUGCUGCCGCUUAUCCUGUCGACGCUUUAGGAUUGCCCACGCAGCCCAGUCUACCUGACGUUGAUGAUAUCGACAGUCCAGAGGCGAUCAUCCACUUGCAAGUCCCCUUUGUCGCACUUGCCUUGGUGCUACAGCAUCAUGUCAAGGUUAUACACGCCGAACUGAGUUUCGAACUUGACCCGAUCCCAGGCCCUGACAAAUGUGCCAAAACUAUCAGUACCCGCAGAGGUCCCCACAGACCCAAGAAAACGAAGCCCAUCGUGGAGAAAAUCACUGUGCCGGCUGUACCCGAUGUUGCAGAGGACAUGAAGAUGGGAAGGGAGCGAAGGAAGCCUACGCCAAAGUCUGUCGCCACUACACUUUUGGAUUUGGAGCAGGCAAGGAAGUUGGUCCCGAUAAAAGACCUUCUAGAGACCACAGAGAAAGGAACAGACUAUGCCUCCUUUCUCAAAAUUGCCAAAAGCAGUCUUGUAUCAACAGGCCGCCAGGUACACAUAACCGUGAACGAGUCCCAGGGGCAAAAGAACACGAGAAAAGCUAAAGAAAGGAUAUAUCUGACCAAGAUGGCAGAAAGACUAGUUGAGAUGUGGUUCCAGGACAAAGAAGAGUUUUUCAGAAAGGAGAGCCGGCUUCUUAACGGUAAGACCGAAAAGGCGGCCCGCAACAGAGAACCGGCUGCCAGAAACGCCGAGGUGGCUGGCCCAAGUCGCAGGGAGGAGCAUACCCUUCGCAGGCUUGCGGAGUCUCAAGAUUGGUUGGAAAGAUCGGUAGGGUCGGAUGGUUUAGAGAGCCGCAUCAGGAACCUCGAUGAGCUGCGCCACGACCUUCUUUCGGGCUACGAGAAAGCCGCGGAGCUUGAUGAGGAAUUGAGAACGCUCAAGGACUUGCAGGCAAAGCGAGAAAAGGAGAACCAGAAGGCUUUUCAAAGAGCCCAGGAGCUCGAAGCAGAGUUGUCCAGGUUGAGGGAACUGAGGACCAGUGCUUUUCAAGACGAUGAAGGCGCCACCAGCAGAGAUCUUGAUCAUAACGAAUUGGAAACGAAAACCGCUGCAUCUUAUUCUUCGGCGACUCGGCGGGCUCACAAAGGAGAGUCCUCCACCCAAAUGAAUAAGAGAAAGACCGAAGACACUCAAGUGGCACCCGCUGUUCCCCGUGAUAGACUGAACCCCCAUAAAAGGGCCCGAUACGAGCCCAAUCCUCGCGGUCCUGAAGAAACGUCAUCCAUCACAAGCCGACGGAGUAUUUUUCACGAUAGCCAGUUAUUGCAACACGGUGCUCACAUUGCAAGCUUGGCUCCUCCCGUCAGGUAUGACCAACCUUUGGACUAUUCGCUCGUUAGUCCCACCAGGUCAAAUUCUGAAGGCAGCUCGCGGAGCGGCCUAGGAGGCCAUGUUGAGCGGCAACAUAUUGGACCAGACCAUAAUAGUUUCCGACAGCAUCUAAACCAAGAGAGCCAGCUUGGGGUACCACAGGCUCACGUCCGUCGGCGUCAGUAA